GGCUGGUUGGCCCGGUGUCCGUCAGGCGCAGAGCGCGCGCGCUGCUCAAAGCUUGGGCGUGUCUGUCUCUGUCUCUCUCUGCGGAAAGCAACCUCCAAGGGGCACUAGGUGCCAGUGAGGGGGAAGGAAGGGCAAACUGGACCAGGAAAGGAGGCAGAAGCCGAACAAGCCCACGCAGGGAGAGGGCAGCAGCUGAGGCUCCCCUGCUUCCUGGCUUCGCAUAGGCAUCUGGUUGGCCAUUGCAACCGAAAGGAAGCCAGGCUACAGGGCCUGGUGCUGCAGUUUCCUGCCUUCUUCCUAACGUGUGGCUGUUGCUGGGUGGGCGCCUGUAUUUUCAGCCCUGCGUGUGGCGUGAUCUCCUGCCUUAAAGCGAGGGUCUCCGAACCAGGGCCGGAUUUAGGUUUGAUGAGGCCCUAAGCUACUGAAGGUAAUGGGGCCCUUUAUAUGUCCAGCUGUCCUUUGUCAACAACAAAUUGUUGCUGGGUUUUUUUGUGUUGAAUAUAUAGGUAAAGGUAAAGGGACCCCUGACCAUUAGGUCUAGUCGUGGCUGACUCUGGGGUUGCGGCGCUCAUCUCGCUUUAUUGGCCGAGGGAGCCGGCGUACAACUUCCAGGUCGUGUGGCCAGCAUGACUGAGCCGCUUCUGGCGAACCAGAGCAGCGCACGGAAACGCCGUUUACCUUCCCGCCGGAGCGGUACCUAUUUAUCUACUCGCACUUUGAGGUGCUUUCGAACUGCUAGGUUGGCAGGAGCAGGGACCAAGCAACGGGAGCUCACCCCGUCAAGGGGAUUCGAACCGCUGACCUUCUGAUCAGCAAGCCCUAGGCUCUGUGGUUUAACCCACAGCACCACCCACGUCCCUGUUGAAUAUAUGCUAUAGGGUAAUUUAUGGACCUAAUAGGUAUCUAAAGCCAUUUGCACAUAACAAAAAGCUAACAGGCGGGGCCCGUUAUUUACAUCAUAGGUGCCUACACAACACAAAACACUGUUGCUGUAUUAGGUGUUUUUUUUUUUAUCUUAUAUUUUGGAAAUGUACAUCCAGGUUUUUUUUCCUUUAAAUUUUUUUGGGACCCCCAUUGAUUAGCUUAUACGUAAAUUCGGCACUGCUCCCAACCUUUACUGGACAACCUGGGUGCACAUUUUGAAAGAUGGCAGCAUGGUACAGAGGGGGUGGGAGAGAAUAGUCACGGGACAGCUGCCAUGAGGCCUAACAACACAGCCACCAUGUAGGGGGGAGGCAUGGCAUCAUACAAAAUUGGACAAAGCACAAUCAUAGAGAAGCUUUUCAUAUAGCUGUACUGUAUUUCCAUAUUUUAAAAACUGCUCAACCUGACAAAUUUCUGGCUAGAAAAUAAGAAAGUGUGUUGAAGGGAGGUGAAAAGCAGCAGCUCUUGAGAAAUAACACACAUACCAAUUGCAGCUCAGACUUCUCUCAUAAGCAGGCAAGAACAGUUAGGUUUCCUACUCUCACAAAAAUCAAUUAGAAGGGUACCUGCACGUUUUGCUUUGUAACUUUCUGUGGGGAGGGGAGCUAGAUUAAAAAACAAAACAACAUCUGGAACCUCUGCUUGGUGGUGCCAAUAAAUGCCAUUGUAGGCACUUGGGUUGGUGACCCCUGGUUUACACAUUCCUAUUUUUUGUGUCCAAAAUUGUGCUAUGCAGGGCUUUACAAAUGGAGUACAGUGGUACCUCAGGUUAAGUACUUAAUUCAUUCCAGAGGUCUGUUCUUAACCUGAAACUGUUCUUAACCUGAAGCACCACUUUAGCUAAUGGGGCCUCCUGCUGCCGCUGCGCUGCCGGAGCACGAUUUCUGUUAUCAUCCUGAAGCAAAGUUCUUAACUCAAGGUACUAUUUCUGGGUUAGCGGAGUCUGUAACCUGAAGCGUAUGUAACCUGAGGUACCACUGUAUAUACCAGAAAGAAAGAAAAACCUCUGACAGGUGAUUUGUUUAUUAACCCAUUGCCCAGUGCAGAUAUACAAUGCUUCUGCCUCUUGUGAAUAAUACUUUGUUGUCUUACUUUUCCUGUGUGUUUUAUGACAGGUGUUUACAAAACAAAGGAGGUCAGUGAUGGCAAAUGAAGGCACUCCUGUCCGACUAGGAGCCAUUAGUGUCCCUUAUGGGCAUGUGAUUGGCCAUGAAAAAUGGAAAGGCUCUCUGGUUGCUCAGGGGAUACAAGGUAACCAUGUCAAUAGAAAACAGAACAUUUGUGAAAAUGUAAUUAAAAUACAAGAUCUGGAUAGGGAGUUAGAAUAUAAUAUUUUAAGUCAGGUUUUUAAAGUCAGUUUUGAUCUUUUGUAAAGUGCACUUGCCAUGAGAGGCUGUAGCCCUAAAUAUAAGUGGGAGUAAGUUUUAUUGAAAUUGAUGGAACUUUUUAUAAACAAAUAUUAAUAUUGGAUAGGUAGACAAGGUUUCACCCGAAUUCAUAUUUGAUGCUCUGUUAUAGUUAUUCUGUUACUAAAAUCUUCUUGUAUCUCUUAUUUCAAGGGAAAGUUAAACUAAUUCUAGAAGAUGGCCUGGGAGUCGUAGACUUCCAUCUUUCAAACAGAUCCUGUGUCCUUUAUAUUUCUGAAGCAGACCUGGUUGCAGGAAAUGGCUUCAAAAGGAGACUUGUUCGCUUUAGAAACGUAAGUGCUGCCUGAAAUAGCUGGUGUUCGCCUGACUCCCCAUUUAUAGAACUUCCAUCGGCAAGAAUGUCAGGGCAAUUUUAACACAGUUCAAGGAUAGAGACCUCUCUUCUACUCAGCGCACACUGAUGGUACUAUGUCUGAUGCUCAAUAUAGCUAGAAAACAACCCAUUCAUGUAGUUUUAUCUUUAUCUGUCUUGUUUCAGAAAACUUGCGGUUCUUCCUGCCCCUGGUAUUUGCUAUCUUCAUUUUCUGUUUUAAUUUUAUUCUCACCUUUUAAAAACUGGCUGGUUCACAUAUUAUUAGUAGGUGAAGCUUUUCACAUUAUCUCCAUACCAGGAAAUGCUUUAUCUGUUUGAUUUCUUCAUAACUCGAGAUAACUGGUUAGCCACUGUAAGAAACAAGAUACUGAGUGUGACACAGUGGUAAUUGAUGGUGUUGGGUCUAUCAGGCUGCUGUUAAAGGCGCAGGAGCAGAACUAGAACUCGAACAGAAGUGGCAGCCAUCGUCUUUUCAAUAAGUUCAACCUUUAGGCUGAUAAAUAAAAGCUUGUCAGCAGCCAAGUCCCCCUCAUCCCUACUGAGCAAAGAUGAACAUGAGCAGAGGCUUGAUUAGAAACUGAACGUACAGAUCAAAGCACAUUUCCAUGUCACAUUUGAUACCACUAAUAGCUUUGUUCCAUCUAAUUCUUCUUUACUGUUUAAGGCUUGCAAUCUCCAAGGAAUUGUUAUAGUUGAAAAAACCCAGAUAAGCGGUCAGUAUUUUCCAGCAGUGCAAAAAUUUGUUGUCCUGGAACUUGGGAUGACGUUACUUCCAGUGGCAAGCCAAGAAGAAGCAGCACAGCUUAUUAUCCAGCUGGUAAGUCCCUUCAGGAGCUGUUUAUACUGCCAAAUGAGUGGAAUUGUGCACAUGUCAGGCAUAUUACAUUGGACAUGGGUAGCAAAUGGGGAAUGAAAUGAAGAGGGAACAGAUAAACAAUUGGACUGUGAGAACUUAGAAGAGGAUGCUGUGAUUACCAAGACCAACAUGGGUUCCUCGAAAAGAAGUCAUGGCAGAUGGAUCUCAUUUCUUCUUUUGGUGAAUUGGGGGAAUGCUGUGGACAUAGUGUAUCUUAAUUUCAAUCAGACUUUUGACAUAGUCCUUGGAAAGAAGCUGGUAAUGAAUUUCAAUAGGGACAAAUGUAAGUUUCUGCACUUAGACAAGAAGAACCAGGGGAACCAUGAGUUGCCAGUAGUACAUGUGAAAAGGAUCUUGAGGUCUUAGUAGACCACAAGCUUAACAUGAGUCAACAAUGUGAUGCAGCAGCAAAAAAGGCUGCAUCAAGAGAAGUAUAGUGGAAGUAAUAGUACCACUCUAUUCUGCCUUGGUUAGGCCACACCUGGAGUACUGUGUCCAGUUCUGGGCACCACAGCUGGAGAAGGAUAUUGACAAGCUGGAAUGUGUGCAGAGGAAGGCAACCAAAAUGAUAAAGGGUCUGGAAACCAAGUCUUAUAAGGAACAGUUGAGGGAGUUGGAUGUGUUUAGCCUGGUAAAGAUCUACAAAUACUUAAAGGGCUUUCACAUGGAGGAUGGAACAAGCUUGUUUUCUCCAGCUCUAGAGGCUAGGACCCAAACCAAUGAAUUUAAGUUAUAAUAAAGGAGGUUCUGAUUAAACAUCAGGAAUACCUUUCCAAUAUUAAGAGCUAUUCAACAGUGGAACAGACUCACACGAGAGGUUGUGGAAGAGGUUUUUAAGCAGAAGUUCAAUGGUCAUUUGUUAUGUAUGAUCUAGUUGAGAUUCCUGCAUUGCAAGGAGUUGGAAUAGAUGACCCUUGGAGUCCCUUCCAAUUCUAUGAUUUUAUGCCACCUUAAUAUUGUGUAUCUGUUUCUAUUGAGGCUCUGCAGUGUGUUUACAAUACUGGUGAUUUUUAAAUUUCAUUCAUUUUCUUAGUCAGCAGAGGAGCAGAGCAUACAGAAAAAGGGUUAACUCCUUUUCUAGAAGGCAGGAUCAACACUGCUCCUAAGGAGAGGGGGGAAACAUGUAACAGAAUGAAAUGAUUAACACUAAAAGCCACUAGAGGGUGCUCAGACUCUCCUUGUUGUCUGUUCCAGGUGCAGGAGCAAACUAAAGAUCAAGCCAGCAACCCCUUUUUGGCUAAGAAAUGUCCCCAGCUCUUAGAGGCUUCUGUAUUCCAAACGGUUCAGCAGAUUCCGGGAGUUGGGAAAACAAAAGCUUUGCUUCUCCUGGAACGGUUUCAAAACCUCCACCGGCUUUGCAACGCAUCCAUCCAGGAGCUUGAGCAAGUAGUUGGACACGCUCUAGCCCAACAAAUCCAUGCGUUUUUUGCACAGGCAAAGUAACCUCACCUGGUUGGGAAGGUGGAAGUGAACCAUGUAUGCCACCUCAAGCUCUUUGCUCAAAGGACAAAGGUGGGUUAUAAACAUAGUAAAAACCUCCAUGUAGCCUGCAUGCUUGUGCUGAACAGCGUCACAAACACAUUUUGGAUUUGGGUAGUGGCCUUGCUUGUUACCGCCAUGGCAGAUGGUUGUUGACUUUUGUCUGAAGUUACCUGAUGUAAGCCUUGUAUCUGUGACACAUAAGUAGCACGGCCAGGAUCCUAAGAACUGCAGCUGGUCCCAUGUGCCUAAGAAGGCUUUAUAUCAAUUUUCAAACAUCAGCUUCCAUUUCCCAUAACAAGCGUCCCCUGAAAUUGUGGGGGGUUUGCAAAAGCAGUUUGCAGGUCAAAAGGGCAAAUGAGAUUACAAAAAUCCCACUGAGUGCCCACCUGGAGCAGCUAUUUGGAUCUUAGCUACUUUUCCUUGGACAAGCCAAAGCACCCACUUAAUAUGAAACCCUUCUAGUAUAGGAUGAAAUGCCCUGAACGUUGGGGUUAGGGUUAGACGGAGAAGCACUCUGCUCACAAAUGCUUAAGCAGUGAGUUCUCAUUGUUUUUGGCUGCCUUUCACACCCCCUUUUUGCAAGAAGCUUCGGUUUUGUUUAUUUAUUAUUAUUGUAGGGAAAAACCACUGGGGAUCCAAGCCUCUGGAGGGUGAAGUGGUGCCUGGCCGGACUUUUGCAAACAUGAAGCCAGCAGUCGAGCUGCCAUUUUCUCCAAUAGGGACAAGCAACUUAAGAAGAACCAUUGCUGUGGUUGCCUCAAAUGACUCAUCAGAUCAAGGCUCCUGCUGUCACAAUUGCCUGGGGAAAUAUAUUCUCGCAAGUGGCGCUAUGAAACCAACCCUUCCCGCCCCCGAGUUGAUCGCAAGUCUGCGAAGCCUUAUUUAUUGCUGUUGCAUCAGCUUUCAUCCGCACCUGACCUGACCGGCUGCCAGGUUGCUUUUGCGUAAAUCAUCUUGUUUCAGGUGACAUGCUUGGAAACCGGCUGUCUUGGCGCAACCUGAAGAUCACUUUUCUGCCAGGCACCUGGGAUGCUGCCAACCUGAAACACGUAGGAGUGUCAGAGUUAAAAAGGGUGACUGACUCAGACUUCCUCACCUGCCGGUGGCGUUCUGUAUGCCUUUCGGUGGAGUCAUGCUUUCGUGAAACUCAAAGGUUAUAACCAGGCCCUUCUGGGCAAGGCUCCCAGCCUGCUGUUCGGUCCUCUUCAGAGAAGUGGAUGCCUGGGAGGACAAAUGGAAAGUGAUGCAUCUCUCUUGACUUUUUUACUGCCUGCAGUCCCAUUUUAAAGACAUCCCCUGUGGAUGUUCCUGCAUUUUGGUUAUGGAUGAAUCCACUAAUUUGAUUCCUGUCCUUUGCACAGUAUUUGCCAUUACAAGCACUCAAUUCUAGACAAGCAAAAAAAAAAAAGUUGUUUUGCUAAUUAAUUGUGUUUUCCAAUUAGUGGUUCUUUAUUGGUGGAAGGCAUCUGGUAGCUGAAUGGGGGAGGGAUGCAGUUUUCAGUUAUUCUUCCUGUGUGGCCUCCAGAUCUGCUUCAGAAGGUCCCCUAACCCUCUGGAGUGGAUACUUUGGGGUUGGGGGCUCCCAUGUCUUCAUCACAGGCACACAAAUUGGAGAAACUCUUAGUCUGUAGGCUGCCGACACAUUCUGUCUCCUCUGACAAGUUAACUGAUUCAGUAUUGCUUUUCAUCACUUUUGAGGGUCUUUUGGUUAAUUUGAAAAUUUCACUAAAAUUUCUAACUUUUUUUGCUAUUUUACUAACACCUUUAGUUUCACCUCAAUACAUGUGACUAUACUUGUUCAUGGUCUCCCCUCCUAUUACACUCUCCCCUCCCCUCUGAAUGCCCCCCAAGUUGAGAUUUGGACGAAGACCCUUAUGUAAUUCUGUAAAAUAUGGUGUAUGGCUUUUAUAAAUUAAAAAUAAAAAUAAUCACUAAAUGUUUUGCAAGUUCUAGGCGCAAGAACCACAGGUGAUCAGUUCUAAAUUUCAUUGAUUUAAUCUGAAGGGAAUAAUUUCUAUGAACUGUAGGGAUUUUUGUGGUCCUUGAUCUGUGAUUCUACUGCUGUAUUGAAAGAAAUGUGGGAAGUGGUCUUGGGGAAAACAAUCCUUGAAGGGUCCUCGAAGGCCAUGUGGGACAAAGACCCAUAGAGGUCCAUCUCGGCCAGGGUCUGGGAAUCUGCGGAAAGUGGCCCUGAGGUGGCCCUUGACUCCUAAACUGGAGCACAUGGGGACUCUUCCAAAUCCAGAGCAUUUUAGUGGGGUUGCUGUUUGUUUGGGACCUUCUACCACACAUGGUGCCUAUUCCCAGAUGUCAAGCCAUUCGGACCAGAAUUUUCCAAGAGAUUUCUGGCAUUGCCUCUCACAUCAUUCCACCCUCCCCUCAAAUUUACUCUGCUACCUAUUCUCUCAGAGCAGCUGCAACUAUUGGAAAUACAGCCUGCAUUUCAUGUUUGAUGUUUAAAAGUAUGAUCUCUUAGAGAAACGGAUGCAACAGAAUAAACUCGGUUGAGGAAGCUUCAAAGCGGAGACCUUUAUUGAAUCUUGGUGGCUUCUCUUACAAGGACAAUAGCACCAGUCGCCAUUCCCAG